AUGGUAUCCCUGGAGGCGCUGGUAGUGGGCGCAGCGCUGCUGCUGGGGCUCUACGCGCUGCUCUACUACUGUCCCUCCUCCUGCAUGCAUCCUGGGGGAGCAUCCAGCUGGGCUGGGGCCAAGGUGCUGGAGGCCGCAUCACCGAUAAAUAAGACAACUUCAAACCCUGAUGACUGUAAGCUGCUAUUGGCAGCCUCUGAACCUGGGAGACGCCCGUGCCCGACUGACUGGAUUGGGUUCCAGACGAAAUGUUUCUACUUCUCAAAUAAAGAAGAAACCUGGUCUGCUAGUCGAGACUUCUGCUCUUUGAACAACGCCUCACUGCCCGUUAUUGACGAUAAAGAAAUGGAUUUUGUGCAGCGUUACAAAGGCAGCAUUCCCUACUGGAUUGGCCUCCAACGAGAGCCAGAGCAACCCUGGACGUGGGUCAACGGAAGUGUUUCCACGUUGGAGGUCCUCGGUGAUGGAGGGAACUGUGCCUACCUGAAUGAUGAAGGCAGACCAAGCAGUUCCAGGUGCAGCACCUUCCAUCAGUGGAUAUGCAGCAAGCCUGAUGAGUUCACACGUCCAAAGAGAGUUUGAAGACAUAUGGCCUCCAAUCCACUCACUUGGUGUUAUCUCGUAAUAUUGGCUAAAGUAACACAUGGGCCUUACUUGCAGAGAAGGGGAAAUUAUUUCUGCCUUUGCACACUGUAAACCUAGCAUAUCUGCUUGGGUUAUGGUUUUCCUUGGCUCUUAUGCUGGUCAGUGAUCAAAUCUCAGGGUGUCCUUUUUUUGAACAGAUAACGGCCGCUAGUCAGGUUGGUGAUGUGAAAAUAGAGGGGCCAGAGAUUCCUCCCCGCCCCUUGACUAUGUUAAAAGAAGCUCUUCUCAGACCCUGGUUGGGAUAGGUAGAAGGUGCUUCAGAUGUUUAAUCAGUUGCUGCUUUUGUCUGGAUUUUCUUCUGCAUGAUAUAGUCUGUGUUUCUGCUGUUGCAGUAUUACAUUAUUAUUCCU